AUGACCGCACCUGCUUCAACUUCCACGUCGACCAAACCGACACCCACCCUCACCAAUGCCGCUUCGAAUCCCCGUGUCGCACUGCCGUCGGCCACUACCACCUCCACCACCUUUGCCUCAGCUACCACAACGACAUCCAGCACAACCACCCCUGCCACCACAGUCAACGACCAAAACACUCCUGACGUCCCGACAACCAUCCACACAUUCACCAUCACCAUCCCGCCUCCAGCGAUGUGGACUCUGUCCGUACCCGUCGUCAUUGCCGUCGCACGUUCGCAUCACAUAUAG